AACAUUCUUUUUGCAAUGGAAGAAGGGAAAAUAAUGGCAGGUGAAGAAGAAGUGGAAGUGGACGUCGAACAGCAGCAGCAGCCAUGUCCACCGCUGUCGAAGAACGCACAGAAGAAACUGUUGAAGCAGCAACGAUACGAGGUCAAAAAGGCGGAGAAAAAGGCAUUGCUGAAAGAGCAGAAGAAGAGAGAAGGGGAGCGCAAGCGUAAGGAAUGGGAGGAGAAGCUGGCCGGCGCCACCGAAGAGGAGAAACAACAGUUGAUAGAGUCGAGGAAGUGCUUAAGGAAAGAGAGAAUGGACCAACGCUCAGAUGAAAAAGGAAAGAAGAUGCAGAGGCUCACUAAAGCUAAAGAAAAUGGCCAAAAUGUAGUUAUUGAUCUCGAGUUUGAUCACCUCAUGAAUUCCAGUGAGCUCCAUAGCCUCGUUCAACAGAUCAUGUAUUGUUAUGCGGUGAAUGGAAGGUGUAGUUGUCCUGCUCACCUCUGGUUGACUGGCUGUCAAGGAGAAAUGCAAGCUCAGUUGCAAAGACUACCAGGUUUUGACAAGUGGGUAAUUGAAAAGGAGAACCGGCCAUAUAUUGAGGCAUUCCAAGAUCAGAAGGAACGCCUUGUAUAUCUUACUGCAGACUCAGAAACAACGCUAGACGUCCUUGAUCCAAAGCAUAUAUAUAUCAUUGGUGGGUUGGUGGAUAGGAAUCGGUGGAAAGGGCUAACCAUGAAAAAAGCAGAAGACCAAGGGAUUCAAACAGCAAAACUCCCAAUAGGAACUUACCUAAAGAUGUCUAGUUCCCAGGUCCUUACAGUCAAUCAAGUGGUAGAGAUACUUCUGAAAUACUUGGAGACAGGAGACUGGAAAACUUCAUUCUUUGAAGUGAUUCCACAGAGGAAAAGAUGUGAGGGUGAUAAUGAUAUUGAACAGGAUGAAGAUACGGAAGGGAAAGAUGAUCACGAGAUAAAAAUACGUGAUAUUGAACUGGAAGAAGAGAGUGAAGAGAAAGAUGAUCAAGGUUCUAAAAGACAGUGCAUUGAGAGUUGAAGUUUCAAAAGCUUCUACUAGAUCCUAUCAGAAUAGUCGGUGGUAUCAUCUUUGUUCUCCAGAACUUGU